AUACAAAAUGAAUAGGUGAUCUAUUUAGUGAUCACUCUUUUCCAGCCUACAUACCCUACAGUUGGUGGAUUGGUUCACCUAUCACCAGUGUAUCACGUUGAAAAGUCUUUGAUCCAUUUUGUACUACGUACAGUCGGCCAAGAUGCCUUCUUUUGGAGGAGGAAAAAAGUGCGCAAGAUGUGGCAAGUCCGUCUAUAUUUCGGAAGAGGUACUAGCUGCAGGGCAGUCUUGGCACAAAAGGUGUUUCUCAUGCGAAUCUUGCAAGAAGACCCUGGAUACAAACACCGUGUCCGAUAAGGAGGGGAAAAUCUACUGUAAAGCGUGCUACGGGUCGCUCUACGGGCCAACAGGAUACGGAUAUGGCGGAGGUGCCGGUGCUCUUACAAGCAAAGACUAGAUAAAUAUAUUGGUAUUGCUAAGGAAAUGUGGUAUUGCUAAGGUAUUACAAUGAAAUGUGACCGGGGAGCGUUUUAUGAAAUGACCUGUCGGGUGUUUUAUCCGCCAAGUCCCACUUUAUCCGAAAGUUACCAUAUUAACAGUGCCUCUCAGCCAAUUAAGGAAAGUUGUCAGAUCUGACAACUUGUGGACGAAACAGCAACUCAAAAUAUCAAGCACAACCCCAAAUGCGCAACUUUAAUUGGUUGGAAAAUAAGUUGCAUAAAAAUUAUUUCUAUCUUUUGUUUUUGUUUUCAGAGUUACGUUAAUUUGCGACUGUU